GUUCUCGUGGUUGGGCAAGAUCACGAUCUGAGGGUGAGUGAAGUCGUGCGGGAAAUUCAGAAGGACAUAGAGCGCGACAAUGUCUUGGCAAUGAACGACCAUCGAAAUGGGCCAAGGACCACACCAGAUGACAAGAAGAAGAGCGUAAAUGACAAUAUUAAGCAAGGAGGGGCCGAUGGAGGUAGAGCCAAUGGACAACAUGCAGCAGGACGACCGAAGGCAGAGCGGCCGUGCGAGUCGGUCGCUGGCGGAUGCCAUCGCGGAGAUGAGGGCCAGCAUGCCGCUCUCACCGGUCGUACUGCCAGACGGGCGGUUUUUUCAGGGACCUCCCAGGCCAACAGGUGUACGGGAGCUGUUGCAUCAAGAUAGCGAGGCCGCAGACGCAUUUUUGAACCACCUUAGCUCGCGAAACGCAAACCGUGACCACGUGGCGAGUCGACUCCUCUCCCGAUUUCUGAGGCUCCCCGCGUUGCUAAUUGGUGUGCCUUUAUGCUAUGCGCUCACCUACUCUGUGCUGAGCGGUGACGGCCCAAUGUGGAAGUUUACCCUUGAACAGCUUAAAAAUUCUAUGGCGGCCGAUCGAAAUUCAAAGUAGCAGACCGCGAUGGGAAAGACCUGAGCAAGUUUUUCGAGACGCCUGCCGUUCCAAAGAUGGGUUGGGCCAUCCUUGUUGUUGUUGAUCACUUCAUAGGAAUUUCGUUCACGAAUGACUACUUCAUGGUUCUUGCAGCCAUCGGUUAUCUUUUUUGGCUGUUGCCAGCACUCUGGCACCUUUUCUGCGCGGUUCCGAAGGAUCAACCGAGGAAAAAAUUUGCACAGCAAACUUAACCGCUGAACAACUACAAGGCGGG